AUGAAGAAGGAAGCAAUUCUAAUAAACUGCAGUAGACGACCUGUUAUUGAUGAAGCUGCAUUUGUGGAGAACUUGAGACAGAACCCAUUGUUUCGUGUAGGCCUUGAUGUGUUUGAGGAAGAGCCCUACAUGAAACCCGGGCUUGCAGAGUUGAAGAAUGCCAUUGUAGUACCACACAUUGCACAGCUUGGUCUGGGGCAUUCGAUGAAGCACCUUGGAACUUUAUCUUAA